AGCCGACUCCCAAAACACGUGUGGUGGCGAAAACUACCGCCUGUCAAAAAUUCGCCGCAAUGUUGUUGUUUUGCUUUUAAAGGUUAUAACGUGUGUUUUCCAAUGGUUUUCCUCACGAGAAAACUCCUCCAAUCGGGAGUAAAGUCUUUAAGAAAACACUUCCGUCCGCACUUUCUGGACACGCUCAGAUUGACUGUAAGUGGAGGGCAUGGAGGCAAUGGAUUACCCAAGAACGGCGGCGUCGGAGGUCAGGGAGGUUGUGUCUACUUCGUCGCCAAGGAGGAUGCCACUCUCAAGAUGAUCGCGAAGGAACACUCCACAAAGCGCGUGAAGGCGACUCACGGUGAAGACAGCUCGAAGGUGCGACUUCUGGGCAGACGCGGUGAAGAUCGGGAAGUCAAAGUACCCGUGGGCAUCACAGUUAUCGAUGAGACAGGACGUCCGAUUUAUGAGUUGAAUGAGGAGGGCAGAACAUUCAAAGCGGCCAGUGGAGGUCCGGGUGGAUGUCAAGGAAACUCUUUCAUCGGUCAACCUGGACAAUCCCGCACUUUGAUGCUUGAUCUAAAGCUGAUCGCCGAUGCAGGACUGGUGGGAUUCCCAAAUGCUGGGAAGAGUACGUUCUUGAAGGCAGUCUCCAAGGCAAGACCACGAAUUGCUUCGUAUCCAUUCACCACGAUUCAGCCACAGCUUGGAAUCGUUCAGUACACAGAUUUCAGGCAAAUCUCCGUGGCAGAUCUUCCAGGGUUGAUCGAGGGAGCUCACGCAAACAUCGGAAUGGGGCACAAAUUCCUGAAGCAUGUGGAAAGGACGCGAAUGCUGAUCCUCAUUGCGGACAUCUUUGGUUUCCAACUGAGUCCUCAACACAAGCGAAGAAACUGCCUGGAAAAUGUAUACGCUCUGAAUCGCGAACUCGAACUCUACGACGCCACAUUGCUGGAGAAGCCCGCGAUCCUCUUGAUUAACAAGCUUGACAUUGAGGGAGCGCAUGAGGAAUAUGAGAACAUAAAAUCCAUCCUCCAUCAAUUGGAUCACGGACUGGAGAACUGCCCAGAAGAGAUCAGGCCACAGAAGCUGAUGGAAUUCGAGCGAAUUAUACCGAUUUCUGCCAAAGAAAAUGUCGAUAUCGGCCGCGUGACGGCUUGCAUUCGGGAUGUGCUCGAUGAGGCAGCCGCUGAAGGACUUUCUGAUCCUGACACGGAGAUUUUGAGCAGAAGAAUGCGCGAAGUUGGCCCGAAAAUUGUCUGAAUCUGCCUCUGUACUACGCAUAAUACAUUUAUUAUGUGGAAUUCUGAA